AUGAUCCUGACCGCGCUACUCGUGGGAACGUUCGUGUUCCUGCUGAUCAGCAGUCUGAUCGAGAGGCGAAAGUUGAAGAAGAUAGCAAAACACUUCCCCGGACCGAAACCACUGCCCAUCGUGGGAAAUUUAUUGCAGUUUGCCUUUCUGGACAUUCCUGGCAUUUUCGAGAAGGUGGUCGAGCUGCACCAGAAUUAUGGCAAGGAUUUCAUGAUGUGGUCACUGUUCAACUGGACGGUAAUCAUGAUGACGAGCCCCAAGAACGUGGAGAAGGUACUGCUGGCGAAGAAAACACAAAAGUCGCUACUGUACGAGUUCAUCGAACCGUGGCUAGGCCAAGGCCUGCUGAUAUCGAGCGGUGAGAAGUGGUUCCAGCGGCGCAAGAUCAUCACACCGACCUUCCACUUCAAGAUCCUGGAACAGUUUAUCCGAUCGUUUAACACGGAAUCGGACACCAUGGUGAAGUUGCUCCGGAAGCACGUCAACGGGAAAGAAUUCGACAUCUACGACUACGUGACGCUGAUGGCACUGGACAGCAUCUGCGAAACCUCGAUGGGGACGACGGUCGAUGCACAGCACAAUCCCAACAAUCAGUACGUCCAGAACGUGAAAAGAAUGGCCGUUCUGGUGUUGCUUCGCACGAUCAGCGUUCUGGGGCCGUACGCAACGCUGUACAAUGUGUUUCACCCGAAUGCCUGGGAGCAGCGGCGUGUUAUAAAGCAGCUGCACCACUUUACCGAUUCCGUUAUUCGCAGCCGCAGACAGCAGCUGGCCAGCAGCAAAGCGGAACACGUUAAUUUCGAUCUGAACGAGGAGAAUCUAUACUCGAAGCGGAAGCUCACCUUCCUGGAUCUGCUGCUCAACGUGAACGUUGAUGGAAAACCGCUGAGCGAUCUCGAUAUCCGCGAGGAGGUGGACACUUUUAUGUUUGAGGGCCACGACACGACCACCAGUGGCAUCUCGUUCACGAUCUAUGAGCUUGCACGAAAUCCGGACGUGCAGGAGCGUGUGUACGAGGAAAUCGUUUCCAUUCUGGGGCCGGACCACAAGACGGCGGAGCUAACCUACCAGAACCUGCAGGAGUUCAAGUAUCUCGAUCUGGUGGUGAAGGAGGGUCUCCGGAUGUACCCACCGGUGGGCAUCAUUGGCCGUGCGUUGGUAGAGGACUUGGAAUUGAAUGGAACCAUUGUGCCGGCCGGACAGAACAUUCUCGUUCCGAUCUACGUGAUCCAUCGCAAUCCCGAGAUCUAUCCGAAUCCGAAUCAGUUCGAUCCGUCCCGAUUCUCCGAGGAGGCCGAGUCGAAACGGGGACCGUUCGACUAUCUACCGUUCAGUAUAGGCGCCCGGAAUUGCAUCGGUCAGCGGUACGCGCUGAUGGAGAUGAAGGUCUCCCUGAUCAAGCUGAUCGCCCACUAUCGCAUCUUGCCGGGGGAAUCGUUGAAGAAGCUCCGCAUCAAAACCGAUCUCGUGCUGCGGCCUGACAUUGGCAUUCCGGUGAAAAUUGUUCUGCGGGAGUAA